AUGUUGUGGAAUGAGGAACGUGAUGUAAUUCCUCACCUAUGCAAAUUCCUUGGAAUCGGAACCAUAAAAAAAUGCCGACUAGUCUGCAGGUCGUGGAAUUAUGAAGCGACCCCCGUGCUAAAGGCGAGGACACUAAUCGAAAUUAAACUUGCCUCUGGAAAGCAUGAUCAACGACGUCACAAGGAGUGGAGAUGGGAUACAGAAAUUGUGGAAAAGCUGGGAUUUAAUGCUCGUCUAAAAAUUUCAUCGUGUAAACCCACGCUACGACCCCUGGAUCUCGAAACGUUUCCCAUGGUCAGAAAUCUAAGAUCAAUUAUUGUCCACUUUUACAUCCGAGAAGAGUGGCAGAAGGACUUGUCAGAUAAAAUUAUACUAAGUUCGUCCCCCACUCUGGAAGAAUUAAAGUAUGAGUGGUAUUUUCAUCAAGAUUUCCCCUCAUGUGGGGAGGGCACUGUUUUCCCAAAAUUGAAGAAACUAGUGCUGGAGUGUGGCCGGGUUCAAGCUCCACGGGAUGGAAAUCCACAGCUAGAAAUAAUUGGCCAAGCCCUUGCGGCAGCGUGCCCAGCUUUGGAAUUCCUUAAAAUUGACUGUAGCCACUUGUAUGAAAUUUCGAAAAUGGAAAUGUUACAAAAAUUUCCACAAUCACUAAAUUCGCUGGAAUUGAGUGGACAUUUAAAUGCUGAUCGGUUAGAAUGUCUGCUCAAAAUUCCUUCUCGUUUGAAAACACUCGACAUUAGUACAACCUUUGAUAGUGACGAAAUCCGCGCCGACGAACUGCCAACCAUUCUGUACAAAUUUUUAAAGAAACAUUCGCCCACUGGAAAAAUUUUCUAUCCGUUUGGGGUCCGAUGAUGAAGAAACGAGUUGGAAACUCCCGGCCUUUCCGGUCAUGAAAAGUUUCGGGAUUUAUAAUAAUAAAACUAAAAAAGUUGUAUUUGAAUUUUGAAAGCGGUCCAGGGUCAGGAAGAUUUGGACGGAUUGAUUACAAGGUGUGCUUCCCAGUCUUGCAAAUUUUGUGCGUUCACAGCUACGAUUUGUCCACUGUUGAUGUAUUUCUUCCGCCAGGGGGCAGCGCAUGUAGGCCUGUGAAAUCUGUGAGACAAGUGCACAUCAAUCUUUGGUGGUAUACGCGAACACAGGAAUUAGCUGUGCUUUGCGAGCGAUUUUUGGACGUUUUUCCAAACGCGAGGAUAUUGGGAAUUAAUCAUUAAUGGGAGUAAAAUUUUUAAUGUUUCGUAAAUUUCAAAUAUAUAUAUUUUUAAAUAUAUAUAUUUUCAGAACAUAGAUGAAUAAUUAUGUAUGUAGUUCUUUUCUAGAAUUGGUAUAUUGAUUUUGGUCAAAACCAAAACGAAUCUAUUUUUAUGUUUGCAUGUAUGUACGUAAUUGUCAU